CAAGGUGGAAAGCAUGGAUCGGCACGCUGCACCAGAAAGCAGCACCAAUUAACCGUCAUCAGCACUAUGAUUUUCAACGAUGUAGCAUAUUGGCAACAGCUCUUUCAGAAUGACACGAUUUUAUCUGUGACACAAUGGCUUGUUCCAAUGCUGACAGGCGAUGCCUUAACUGGCAAACUCCGGUGCCUCAACAACAUGUAUUUUUCCUCCCCGUCCGUUCAAAAUGCCGUUGGAAUAUGCUUUGCAAAGGAGGGGGACUCAUCCAGAUCUCGGUCCCUGGAGGUCUGCACCUCCCCAACAAGCGACUCCAAGCACGAAGUUGGGAAUGGAUGCUUUACCUCAUCAAGCUGUUCAAAAAGCAAACCGGCAGCCGUUCAGAUUAAAUGUCAUGGUGGUUGGCGAAAGCGGAUUAGGCAAAACAACGUUCAUGAAUACUCUAUUCAAUACUGAUCUGGUCAGCGAUAUUAUUCCUGAGGAGCCAGCUAAGACCGUCAAAAUAAGUCCAGUCACCUACGAAUUGGUUGAGGGAAAAACCACUCUUCAGUUGACUGUCAUUGACACUCCUGGGUUUGGUGAUCGCUUAGACCGCAGCGAAGACAUCAAUCCACUUGUUCGAUACAUAGAAAAUCAAUACCAAGCGUACUGGGAUGCUGAAAAAGUCAGGAACAUGCGAAAACCGACAUUUGAUACACGAGUGCACGUAUGUCUGUACUUUAUACCACCCUCCGGUCACUCGAUGAAGGCACAUGAUGUUUUAGCACUUCAGAAAUUGUCAUCAAGAGUGAACGUUAUUCCCAUCAUCGCAAAAGCUGAUACCAUGACCCAAAAGGAGAAAAUACUAUUCAAACAAACGAUCCUCCAAGAUUUACAUCUGAACGCUAUACCCAUAUAUCCUACUGCUUAUUCUGAACACCAUGAAACCUUGGAGCAUCUAGAGCAACACAUACCUUUUACAGUCAUAGGAAGUGAAGUAGGUUUACAAAAGGAUGAAAAGCCAAUUCGUGGAAGGCAAUAUGACUGGGGAAUAGUAGAAGUCGAGAAUGAAAAUCACUGUGAUUUCAUCCAUCUUCGAGAAAUACUUUUCAUUGAAUGUCUUGCAGAGUUGGUAGAAAUUACUCACUCUCGACACUACCAUGACUACCGCGCAUCCCAGCUUCGAAAAGACGGACGACCACCAUCCAUUCUUGAAUGUGACGAAGAAUAUGACCGUCGAAUUGACGAUGCGAGGAAAUCAAUAUCGGAACGUCUGCAACGCAAGGAUGAAGAAAUUCGACAAAACUUUGUUCAACUAGCAAGGCACCAGGAGUUGGCAUUAAGGAAGAAGGAAGAAAAGCUGCAAAUGAAAUACAAGGAGCUCAUGGAGGACAUUGAACGAGAGAAGGCAACGUUGGCGUCUGAAGAACAAGCAUUUUUACAAAGGCUAGAGUCUCGUCAAUCUGUUAAAGCAGGCAAACGCUCUUAACAAUACACCUUUUCGCUGCAGAGAUGUACUUGCAUGGUCGAGGACGCCCACUAUUAACUAAAUUUAUAAGAAUUGCUGAAUAUCCAUACCAAAUACUCAUCACCGAUUAAUUAUUACCCUUC